GGAAGAUUAGCUAUGCAUCGUUUUGACGUGUCUGUAGAAAGUUUUAAGUCCAAAGUAUCAUUUAAUAAAAGUACAUAACAACUAACGGUUAUUGAAAAUAUAAAAUGUCCCAUCUCAAUUAUUUAAAACAGUUACACAAAUUAAAUUAUACCCAACGCCUUUAUAGUACUAAAAAACCACAAUUAAAUGAAGUCGUUAUAGUAUCUGCGGUUCGGACACCAAUAGGUUCAUUUUUAGGAUCAUUAGCACCCUUACCGGCUACUAGAUUAGGAGCCGUUGCUGUAAAUGCAGCAAUCGAACGUGCUGGUAUUCCUAAAGAAGAAGUUACCGAAGUAUUUUUAGGAUCAGUAUGUCAAGGCGGUCAAGGACAAGCUCCUGCUCGUCAAGCUACCAUUUUUGCGGGUCUUCCAAAAUCCACAAUUUGUACAACAAUACAUAAAGUAUGUGCAUCGGGAUUAAAAUCGAUAGCAUUAGGUGCCCAAAGUAUUCAAACAGGUGACCAAGAAAUAGUUUUAGCAGGUGGUAUGGAAUCUAUGUCAAAUGUGCCAUAUUACUUAAAAAGAGGCCAAACACCUUAUGGUGGAAUAAGUUUACAAGAUGGUAUUGUUCUUGAUGGAUUGUGGGAUGUUUAUCAUAAAAUUCACAUGGGUAAUUGUGCUGAAAAUACAGCGAAAAAAUUCGGAAUCACUCGUCAACAACAAGACGAUUAUGCAAUUCAAAGUUACAAACGAAGUGAAGAAUCAUAUAAAAAUAAUGUAUUCGCGUCCCAAUUAGUUCCAGUGAAUGUUCCUCAAAAAAGAGGAAAACCUGAUUUAGUUUUCGAUGCAGAUGAGGAAUAUAAACGAGUUGAUUUCAAAAAAUUCGGUAAACUAGCAACAGUUUUCCAAAAAGAAAAUGGAACAGUGACUGCUGGAAAUGCAUCCACAUUAAAUGAUGGAGCUGCAGCAGUAAUAUUAACUACACCUGAAAAAGCUCAAAAAUUAGGAUUAAAACCAUUAGCUCGAAUUGUUGCUUUUCAAGAUGCUGCAACAGAACCAAUCGAUUUUCCAAUAGCACCAUCAUUUGGUAUUCCAAAAUUAUUAGAAAAGGCAGGUGUUAAAAAGAACGAUGUUGCUUUAUGGGAAAUUAAUGAAGCUUUUAGCGUUGUCGUAUUGGCGAAUAUGUUGAAAUUGGAUUUAGAUCCAUCGAAAGUGAAUGUACAUGGUGGAGCUGUAAGCUUAGGACAUCCAAUUGGAAUGUCUGGUUGCCGUUUAAUUGUACAUUUAGCCCAUGUUCUAAAACCAGGACAAUUUGGCGUUGGAUCAAUUUGCAAUGGUGGAGGGGGCUCAUCUUCUAUGCUCAUUGAGAAAUUACCGAAUGAAAAUGUUGGAGACAACAAAAAACCAGUGAUAACAUUAUACACAAAAGAACCAUGCCCUUUAUGCGAAGAAUUGAAAAUUGAAUUAGAACCAUAUAUGAAACAUAUACAAUUCGAAACUGUUGAUAUUACAUUAAGAGAAAAUUUAAGAUGGUUACGAUUAUAUCGUUAUGAGAUACCAGUGUUAUUUUUUAAUGGCCAAUAUUUAUGUAAACAUAAGUUAAAUAAGGUGCUAUUGGAACAAAAAUUAAAAGAAGUAUAUAAUAAAUAA